GGGGGGCGGGCGUGGCGACAGAAGGUAGCUGUGAGGUGGGAGUGCUGAUGGCUUGUCCUAGAUAGAGUAAGCGGAGCCCCUGACAGGCUGCAGCAGUGACCUUUCUGCGAAAGCAGGGCUUGGAGAAGAUGGUGUUUCAAGUAGUGUUUCUCGUGUCUGCAGGCGGGUUAUCCCAGGAAAUGUUAAAUAUAGCUAAGAAUUCAGCUUCUUGCUUUGAGAACUUCUCCAGAGGACAGCAGAUCACAGAUAUUCAAGCUGAAAUCAACCAGAAAAACCUGGAAAUUGAACUCCUACAACUAGAAAAAGAUACAGCAGAUGUUGUUCAUCCUUUCUUUUUGGCUCAGAAGUGUCAAAUUCUGCAAAGCAUGAAUGCUCAUUUGGAAGCGGUGCUAAAAGAGAAGCGGACCCUAAGGCAAAGACUGUUGAAACCCAUGUGCCAGGAAAACUUGCCUAUUGAAGCUGUCUAUCACAGGCAUAUGGUGCAUUUGCUGGAGUUGGCAGUGACUUUCAUUGAGAGAUUAGAAACCCAUCUUGAAACAAUUAGAAAUAUCCCUCACUUGGAUGCAAAUCUAAAGAAAAUGAGCAAAGCUUUAGCAAAGAUGGAUAUUUUGGUGACUAAAACAGAAGAACUGGCAGAAAAUAUACUCCAGUGGCGAGAACAACAAAAGGAAGUCUCGUCUUGUAUCCCCAAGAUAUUAGCUGAAGAAAACUAUCUUCAUAAACAUUAUCUUCAUAAACAUGAUGUUAUAAUUCCUCCUUUACCUUUUACUUCUAAAGCUCAUGUCCAAACUACUAAUACCAAGUGAUCAUGAACUAUUUAUUUUUGCUUAAAUAUAUGUAGUCCUGUGAAGUUCAUUUCUAAUCAGCUGUAACAAGGGUAUUUAUAGAUUUUACUGCUAGUGAUACUUAAAAAGCCCUCUUUAUAUUGAAGUAUUAAGAUCCCAAGUUCAUUAAGACCAAACUGAAUUUUCCUUUAUGUUUCAUAUAUUUUCAUUCCACUUUUCAUUGAAACUAGUCAAGAUCAAAUGUAACUGACAGGGCGCCUCCCUGGUGGCGCAGUGGUUGGGGCGCAGCCUAUGGGGCGGUCCACAGCCACUGCAGCACGAGUUCAAUCCCCAGCCAGGGAGCAACCCACAUGGUGCAGCUGACCUCUUCUGUCUUGCCUGCUGCUCCCCUCAGCAGUGUGUUUCAGCACAUCUGCCUGGUCGGCUCCCCAUGUCUCUGGUGAAUCCUCUCACUCCCCGCACUUCUGGCCUGUAUUCCAGUUCUUGUAUGCAUUCAUAAAUAAACCUUAAAAAAAUAUCCUGCUAAAACAACCAGGGAUUUUGUUUUGAAGCUGGCUUUUGCAAAUGAGAUAUAAAAGACUGGUGAUACUAUUCUUAAACACUGCCUAGACACUUAAGCAACACUUUUAGUUGUAUUUCACCAGAAAUUUAUUCAAGCCAAGCCUUGGUUUCAAACAUCUUACUGUUUUUUUCUUUGUGUGUUUUCCUGUGUGCUUGUGUGUGUGUGUGUAUGUUCACAAAUAUAAAUAUGACUAGUUGUAUAUGUAUAUUUUUUUGGUCUAUUUUGUCUGUAAAAUAAAAACAAACUUGUU